AGGUUAACUCUGGUUUGUGUGGAUUGAUCCUAUCUUUGUUAUAAAGAUUUUCACUGUGAUAAUUUUCUAUAAAAUAAUUGUUCUGUACAUUAUUAAUUUAGAUUCAUCUAUUUAUAUUAUUUCGAUUAUAUUCAACAUUUAACAUCGUCAUCUGCUAAGGUGCUGGUAUUAUGUGACCUAAGUUCUUUAACUUGCGAUUUAACCUUUAAUGCUUUUGAAAAUUCUCUUCUUAAGUGUUGUGACUUUGAUUCUCUAUUUGAGUUCAGUAUUUUCAAUUUAUUUGGUGUCCACAUCAGUUUCAGAUUCCUGUUAAGUGCCAGUUUCUCUGUAAUUUGGUUGCCAUUAUCGGACUUAAAAAAGUGGAUUUAUUGCAGACUUUGGCUGACAAAAUUUGGAAAUUGAAUACUCAAAUAAAAUGGUUAAUUUAAAUUCAGAUGGAAAUACAAAAGCAGCUGAAAGAAAGCAAGCCAUUAAGCAAUUUUACUCAACUGUGCUUUGUCAAGAGUUUUCUCAUGAUGGCCUUCACCUCAUCUCAUCGUUGAAAAGUGGUAAAUUAGCAUUAUUUGGAAUAGGCCAGAUAUUUGAUUCACAUGCCAAUCAUACAUCAUCCAGUAAAUCUGUUUAUCAGCCCAAAUUUUCAUUUCAAGCCCAUAAAGAGCCUAUUUAUGGUUUAACCAAAUCUAAAACUCAUGUCUUCACUGGUAGUAAAGGAGAAAUUAAAUGCUGGAAGUGGAUUGAUUUAAUAAAUCAGAAUUCAACAGAACCUCAAUGGACAAUUACUCUGCAGCUAGGUGAUUCAAUAUUGAGACCAGACAUAAAUGCCUUACUUCUGACUGGUACGGAAGGAGAUGAAAUGCUUUUAGCGGGCUGUGGAGAUAACAAAAUUCAUGCCUUUGAUAUGGAAUCGAAUAGACCCAAACUUACGCUUCUUGGGCACACAGAUUAUAUCAAUUGUAUAGCGUAUUCUAAGGAGAACAAUGUUCUUUUUUCGGGAAGUGAAGAUGGAUCGGUUAGACUUUGGGAUCUCAGAACUUGUAAAACUGUUAACAUAAUUGAACCCCAUAAACAUUGUGAAUUAAAUCGUCAAUCUGGUAAAUGGAUUGGUAGUUUAGCUCUUGAUAGCUCUUCUGGAUGGAUGGUCUGUGGAGGAGGGCCUCAUCUAAGUAGCUGGCAUCUACGGUCACUGUCUCGAGGAAUCGUCUUUGAAAGCUCUGCUCCUGAUGUAACAUCUCAAGUAUCUCUCAUCCACGAUGAUAUAGUUGUGUCGGGAGGAAGCUCACCUUUAGUAACAUCAUGGCACUUGAAUGGUAAAAUUUAUUCUGAGAUUCCUUGCGAGCCAUUUCACAUCUACAGCAUUGCUAUCCAUGAGAAAGAUAACGAUUCAAUCAUGGCUAUUGGUGGAGCAAGCUAUAAGAUUAAUAUUUGCACUAAUUUCAAGUACAAUGAUUUUCAUUUGGAAGUUUCUUAGUUUUACAAGAUUCUAACGUCAAAAUCGCGUGUAAAGAAAUCAAUUCAAUAUGGAACGCGAAAAGUCAUAGCCGAAGUGGUGCCAUCAAUUCUCUAUACUAAACACUUCAUGCCAUCAAUUUAAUAUUUUUUUUGAAAUUUCAUGUAAACCUACAUCAGACAAUAGUCAUUUUGUGAUUAAAAUUUUUGCUUCGGACAA